AAAUCAUGCCAAAGGACAUAUUAUGAACAGAGCUAUUAAUCCUUGGCACAAUUUCCAGAAAAACAUGUUUAGACUUUGCACUAAAUAUAAGAACUAUCUGUGCAAAGUUAUUUGUUUUCUUAGAUAGUGAUAAGAAGGUGGAUGGGCCAGUGAGACUUAUUAAAAGGUGAUACUCCCAUGUCAUUCAUACAGAAGAGAAGACAUAGAGCAAGAUGGGAAUUCUGCAUCUAUUUCUAUGGAUAAUUGCUGCUUUAUCAGUAGCUUCCAAGCACCAUUCCUACAGAAGAGCCAGGCGUAAUGAUGUUGUGGAAAAGGAAAAAUUUCCAAGAGACUGCAGUGAAAUCCCAAGAAACAGGAAAAGUGGAGUCUAUGUAAUUCAUCCUGAGGAACUCCAUCCAUUGGUUGUGUACUGUGAUAUGACUACUUACAGUGGCGGAUGGAUUGUCAUACAGCGCAAUAGCUUCAACUCUGAGAUUACCUGGGAUGAAUCCUGGACCACUUACAAGUAUGGCUUUGGGAAUGUAGAGAAAGACUUUUGGUUGGGAGUAGAAUAUGUUCAUCAAAUUUCCAAACAGAAAGUUUAUCAGGUUCGCUUUGUCAUACAUGAUAGUAACAAUGAAGAGAAGUAUGCUGACUACAAUCUGUUUAGUGUGGAGGAUGAGGCUCAUGGCUAUACGCUUCGACUUGGCAGUUACAGAGGCACCGCUGGUGAUGCCAUGUCUUCCAUACAAGCAGGAACCACUCAUGACAACAUGAAAUUCACUGCCAAGGACAAAGAUCAGGACAUUUAUAGUUUAAAUUGUGCCACCACUUAUGGGGGUGCAUGGUGGUAUGCUGCCUGCUUUGCCUCCAAACUUAACAACAAGAAUGCAAUUCACUGGACUGGGUUAUGUGCUGGGAACUGUAAGGCCUCUGCAAUAUUAAUUCGCCCUGCCGAUUAUUGUAUCUAUCUGGACCAAUAACAACAAGGUGUUGUUACUGGAAAAUAAUGGACCUCUACUGAAUUCUCGGUACUGCUAUCAUGUAUUGGGGUUCCUGUGCAGCUGCAAAUGGUGUAUUCAGAUAUAUGGGGGAAUGUAAUAAAAGUCUGCAAUGGAAAACUAUUCCCAAAGCAAAAAGUUAUGCCUUUGUGCGAACAAAUUUUCCUUUGCGUUAAUUUAAUAUAGCUUUUUUUUGUGCACCCGGAAACUGUUUAGCAACCACUUCCGACAGUGGAGGAAAAUGAGUGACUUUUAGGUGUCCCCAAGAAACCAUAUAUGUUUGAAAAGGGACACAUUCUGACUAAUCAAAAAUGGGUAAAUAUGUUUUUCUCUCCAAGCUAUCCAACUGCUGUCCUUCCCUUAAUUUAGCAAUUUUUAUAACUAUUUCUAAAAUGUUUGCCUAAUCUCAAAGCUUCUAAUUUGCAACAUCUUGUCUCCUAUAUAUCAUUUGGUACCAUGAUAGAAACAUCCUAAAUAUGUGUUUAAGGGUUCUACUGAACAGAUUGAUGCCCCGUGUGCAUAGCUUUAUCUGGUAUGUUGAGGCCCUAAAAAUGAAAAAAAAAAACCCAUAUGAUCUAUCAUUUCAGCUACUGUAAAAUUAGUGCAUAAACAGCAUUUCAUGUGGGAUCCAGACAUAAAAAGGGAGUAUACCCUAUAAAGACAAAUGCGCAAAUUCACUAACCUGCAGAGUUUCGCUAGCGGAGCCUUCGCCACACUUCGCCAGGCGAAGUUUC